AUGGAAUUUCAGAAGAAGCAAAAGAUUGACGAGGGUGGCCACUUCGAAUCCCCUCCACCACCCUCCUCCGCCGCCAUUGCCUCCCUCACGCCGGAAGAAAUUCUAAAAAUCAUCAAACCCUUUGACCGAAACAAGGUCAUCGACAUUCUCGAAACCGCAGCACUUCGUCACCCCGAAGUGCUCAACGCCAUUCGUUCCGUCGCCGACCGCGACACCAAUCUCCGGAAGCUCUUCGUCCGGGGACUCGGCGGCGACACCACCAGCGCCUCACUCCACGAGGUCUUCUCCGCCUUCGGGCCUAUCGACGAGGCCGCAGUCAUCUACGACAAAGCGACGGGUAGGUCCAAAGGUUACGGCUUCGUGACGUUCACGCACGUUGACGGCGCCGUUUCGGCUGUGAAGGAAACCAGCAAGAUAAUAGACGGGAGAAUGACGGUUUCUAAUCUUGCUUCUGUUGGUGUUUUGAGGGACGAUAACGAGGUUUGGACGAGGAAGAUCUUCGUGGGGAACGUGCCGUUUGAUAUGUCGCCGGGGAGGCUGUUGACUUAUUUUGAGACGUUUGGUGAGGUGGAAGAAGGGCCUCUUGGGUUUGAGAAAUGGAAUGGAAAGACCAAAGGCUUCGCUUUCUUCGUGUACAAAACGGAGGAAGGUGCGAAAGCCUCGUUGGUUGAGCCUAUCAAGACAAUUGAUGGGUUUCAGGUGAAUUGCAAGUUGGCCAUUGAAGGCAAGAAGGGAAGGCCAUUAACAACAACAGCGACGACGUCGCAGGGUACCCAGGGUUUUGCUGGAGAUGGAAUGAAUGGUCAGCAACAGUUUCAGCAGCAGCAGCAGCAUGCUCCUACUACUACGAUGGAUCAGUCAUCACAACAAUAUUGGGGGUAUGGAUAUGGAUAUGCUGCUCAUCAUGCUCCGUUGCCUGGACCUGGAAUGCAGUCGUCUUCGUUUGGUAAUCCAUAUGGUUAUGGUUAUGGUGGUUACGCUUACGACUAUGGAGGAAGCAUGCAUCCGAAUUAUUAUGCUGGUGGAAUCCCUGCUGGGGGAUUUGGAGAUGGCUAUGCGCAUCAACAACAGCCCAUGCAAGUUCCCACUCAGCCACCCCAAGGCACGUUCCAAGGCAUGUUGCCUUAUCAAUGA